UUAUCGAGAUUUUACAUCUGAAUGGCAGAAUGACAACAAUUCCUGGCGUCAUGUUGAAGAAUCUGUUCAUGAAUGAAUUCUUCUUUUUCUUUAAAAUUGUUUGAUGGAAAAUAUGUCGGAAGAUGUAGAUGUUGAUAUUAGGGAACAAGUUUUCCACAACGCUGUUCGGGAAUAUAUCAUUUGCCUGCUGUUGUUUAUUUUCCUAUACGUGAGUUCCUAUGUGACAGUGAGGCAUUUCAAAACUGCGGACUCAGAAGAUAUCUCGUCUGCAGGUGAGGAGGAUGCAGUGGUAUACAGAAUUGCACUAUGGAUGUGUACAUUCACCCUCUCGGUGUCCGUGGGGGCGAUCCUCCUCCUCCCUGUGUCCAUUGUGUCCAAUGAAGUUCUUCUAUCCUACCCCAAAAGUUACUACGUUCAAUGGCUCAACUCUUCUCUCAUCAUCGGUUUCUGGAACAACAUAUUUCUGAUCUCCAAUCUGUCGUUAUUCUUUUUUAUGCCAUUUGCCUACUUCUUCACUGAGUCUGAAGGAUUUGUAGGGGUCAAAAAGGGUAUCUGGUCGCGUGUGUACGAGGCCGUUAUUUUGCUGAUACUAGUCAGCAUCCUCGUGAUCGGGCUGGCCUGGGUAGCCUCCGCAAUAUUUGAUGGCAACAAACACAGUCAAGAAACACUCUUUGAUAUCUGGUCGUAUUAUCUUCCGUACCUGUAUUCCUGUGUCUCCUUCCUUGGAGGAGUCAUCCUUUUGUUGUGUGCCCCAGUAGGAUUUGCUAGAAUGUUUACAGUAAUGGGGGAACUCAUUGUCAAACCAAAGUUCUUUCAAGAUGUGGAGAAGGAGCUGGUCCUGGUCCGUUUAACAGAGACUGAUUUAAGACGCAGACUGAUGUUUACCAAAAGUAAUAAAUACAAAGCAGUUCCUGAUAGACUGGCUAAUGGACAUCUGUCAACAGAAGAACUGAUAGAACAAUUAGAGAACAAUCAAGAGACAUUGAAAGAACUAGAGAAGAGGAGUAAGACGUCGAUAUUUUGGAGGAAUUUGUGUUAUCCCCUUGUUAUGUUAUUUUUGUUGGCUUUGACAGUAUUGUGUGUGUUGAUGGUGGUUCAUAACUUUCUUUUGUUACUUGUUGGUAUCAAAGCUUUACCGGUGGGAGCCAAGGAAACUGUCCUAGGAAUGGCUUCUCUUUCUGCUUUGGGGUCUUUUGGAGCGGCUUUAGAAAUAGUUUUUAUUUUAUAUGUUAUGUUAGCAUCAGUAUUAGGUUUGUACAGUUUACCAGUUUUUCGAAAUCUUCGUCCAGUUCCACAUGACACGCCGAUGGUCAAGGUCAUUGGAAACUGCAUCGUUCUGCUCAUCCUUAGUUCUGCACUACCUGUGAUGUCAAGGACACUAGGUUUAACCAAUUUUGAUUUGAUUGGUAACUUUGGAAGCAUGGAUUGGUUGGGGAACUUUUACAUCAUCAUGUUGUGUAACAUUGUCUUUGCUGGUCUGACUACACUGUGCUUAGUCACCAAAUUCACCAAAGCUGUGCGGACGGAGAUCUACGAUAGGAUGAAGGAAUUCUUCAUCAGGGAUCAAGGAACACCGGGUCGCACGCACUCUUUUAUAACCAAUGGGGAUAUCAGCUCAAAGGAGGAUUAGGGGACUUGGGAAACUAUGGUUAUCA